AUGAACGGCCAUACAUCCCCACCGAUGACAGGCGGCAAGCGUCUUCGCCAACUCCUCGCCAACCCCUCCAAAACCGUGGUAGCCCCCGGGGUACAUGAUGGUAUUACCGCACGGCUGGCACUGGCGUCGGGAGCCGAGUGCCUGUACAUGACCGGCGCAGGCACAAGCAUGUCUCGACUAGGAAUGGCAGACCUCGGGCUCGCCACCUUCACAGACAUGCAUCAGAAUGCCGCCAUGAUCGCCGGCAUCAACCCUUCUGUUCCCGUAAUCGCGGAUGCAGACACUGGCUAUGGAGGGCCAAUCAACGUCGCAAACACGGUUCGCGCAUAUGCCCGAUCCGGCAUAGCAGGGUGCCAUAUCGAAGACCAAGUCACGGAGAAGCGAUGUGGUCAUCUCGCCGGCAAGCUGCUGGUGAGCCGCGACGUCUACUUCAACCGACUGCGUGCUGCGUGCAAAGCGAGAGACGAAAGCGGUUCUGAAAUUCUCAUCAUCGCGCGGACAGACGCUCGCGCGGGAAAAGAUGCUGACGGCAACGGUGGUUUCGAAGAAGCCGUCGCCAGAUUGAAAGGCGCCGCAGACAUCGGCGUCGAUGCUCUCUUCUUCGAAGCCAUGCAAAGCGAAGAAGAAAUGAAACGCGCCAUUGCCGAAUGUCCCGACCUUCCCAUGUUACUGAAUAUGGUGCAGGGCGGUCAGACGCCACAAAUCAGCAACGACACUGCAAAUGCACUUGGCUUUCGCAUCGUCAUUUGGCCAUGUCUGGGCAUGGAAGCCUUAAUCCCGGCGUAUCGAAAUGCCUUGGAAGUGUUGAGAAAGACGGGGAAGCCACCAGUCGAAGAGAAUCUGGGUCCGAAAGCGCUGUUCGAGGUCUGCGGCCUCAAUGAACUCAUGGCAUUUGACGAGAGUGUGGGCGGCAAGGCGUACAAAAGCUAA